AUGGCAAGAGCGGUGCGGCAGGAGAAUGAAGCUCAAGGAGCUCAGCAGAUGGCGAAGAUCAGACAGGCAGUUGCCGAUGCAAAGGACGAGGGUUUCCCAGCUGACCUUGAGGAGAGAGAAGGCUUCUUUAUGAGCCAGGUUGCAAAGGGAGAGGGACUAUGCGCAGACAGCUCCUCGCAUGUUGAAGCCGCCGUGGCCUUCUACAAAGCGCUCAAGGUCUAUCCUCAGCCCAAGGACCUCAUUGCUAUCUACGACAGAACCGUGCCAAAGGACGUCCUCGAAAUAUUAGCCGAGAUGGUCGCCAUGGAUCCCUCAUUGAAGCUAGGUGCUUUCACCAGCGACAGCGGCGCCGAGAGCGCCCACAGCGUCGAGUAA